UACGGUAGUACGGUAUUAUCGUUUUUUAACGUACCCGUCAGCCUGUACCAGCGACUGGACGUCUCAUAAUACAGUCGCACUAGACGGUCUAGAGUCCAGACGUUCGAUAGCCUGCGCCCAGCGGUCUACGGUACCCGGAAGUGUUUGCCUGUGUGAUGAUAAAAUAUUAUGAUAACAGCAGGUAACGAUUUGCGUACGUCCGUACGUAGCGUCGUUGCGCGCAGACUCGCGAUCCUAUGUGUGCAUUGCUGAAUGUACGUGUGUGUAUAUAUGUAUAUUAUGAUCACGGCGAACGGUGAUAAAAGAAUGGUUUAGUCAUUGGGAAAUAGAGAGAGCGCAACUGACUGCUAACGCUGCGCGCACAUCUGAUAGUGACAAACAAAAAAAAAAAAAACAAAAAAAAAAAAUUAUUCAUUAUAAUAUUUUGCUAUGUGCGCGAGUGAGUGCAAUAGUUAUAAUAAUAUACGUUAUUAUUAAACAUUAUAGCACUCGCCAACGUUUUCCAUUGCGUCUAUAGCCGUCGAACGUCGACGUAGAUCACACAGUCCGUUCGUCAACAAAACGGUGUAGGUAAUAAAUUGAUAAUAUUAGAAUGUGUAACACCAAAUAAAUUCGUCGACGUCGUAACUCGCAACAGCCACAACAACGCACCGUACCUAUCGCACACUGCGCAGCACAACAUAAAUAAUACUCUUUUUUUUAUAUUUAUUAUUAUUUUUUUUAAUUCUUCGUAACGGUUUGUUUGUGUUUUUAUGUUUCUCUUUUUGUAUUUCUUUUUUCUUUUUAUUUUGUUCGCGACGAUUGGCUUGUAUGUUUUAAUAUUUCGCCCUAAUCGACUACAUAGGUAAUUCGUAAAACGCACAAAUUGUGACAUUACUGAAAACCCGUCCGACCAACCAACACCUACGUCCGGAGUUCAUAGCACGAACUCCAGUGCGAAACCGGAUAUUGAUAUUGAUCCGAUACCCUGAAGAUUUGCAAUGGCCAAGACGUACGAUUAUUUGUUCAAAUUGCUGCUGAUUGGUGACUCGGGGGUGGGGAAAACGUGCGUGUUAUUCCGUUUCAGCGAAGAUGCAUUCAAUACAACGUUCAUAUCAACUAUUGGCAUCGAUUUCAAAAUACGUACUAUAGAAAUGGACGGAAAAAAAAUUAAAUUACAAAUUUGGUAAGCUCGCUUUACUACUUAUAUAUAAUACAUAGGUACAUAGGUGUCUAAGACAUUAUGCAGUACCUUGUAUAAAAAUUAAUUUGUUUCAAAUUUUUUAGUAGGUGUACAUGAAAAACUAUUUUAGGUGAUACCUAAGUAUAAAUUUUAUGUAAAUUGUAUUUUUAUCUUAGGGAUACUGCUGGACAAGAGCGUUUCAGGACAAUAACGACAGCUUAUUAUCGUGGUGCAAUGGGGAUUAUGUUGGUGUAUGACGUUACUAAUGAAAAGUCAUUUGACAACAUAAAAAAUUGGAUUCGAAACAUCGAGGAAAAUGCUUCAGCUGAUGUUGAAAAGAUGCUAUUAGGAAACAAAUGUGAACUCAGUUCAGGGCGUCAGGUAAAUGCCACUAAAAAUAGAAACCUGCAUAUGUACUUUUAUCAUUGAUUUUAUAGUAAACUACUAAAAUUAUUGCAACAUCAAUUUUAUUUUAUUUGUACUUUUUAAAUUCUUAGAUUCAUAUGUACUAUUAUUAUUGAUUUUAUAAUAAACUAUUAAAAUUAUUACAAAAUCAAUUUUAUUUUAUUAGUACUUUUUUAAAUUCUUAGAUUUUUAAAUUAAAUUUUCUUAAGUAACUAAAAAUAUUAAUCAAACAAGUUAAAUAUGUGUACUUAAGUACUUCUUAUUAUACCUAUAAUGUAAUUUGCUUUUAUCAUGAUUAAAUUUAAGUAUUAAAUGUUGUGAUAUUUGAGGUUUGUUGUUUGGCUUCACUUGGUUACAUGCUUCAUUAAUAUUAAUUAAUUAUCUGUUUGACAGUGGAAAAAAUAAAUUAAAACUAUAUGGUUACUUACUGGUUAUGUAUACAUACUAUAAUGGGUUCUUAACCUCUUUUUGUUUGAUAAAGUUUAACCAGUAUCUUAUAACUUAAUUUACAGGUAUCAAAGGAACGCGGUGAACAGCUAGCUGUUGAAUAUGGUAUCAAAUUUAUGGAAACUUCAGCAAAAGCAAGCGUAAAUGUUGAGGAAGCUUUUCACACUUUGGCCAGAGAUAUCAAAACAAAAACUGAAAAAAAAUUGGUCAGUUUAUUUAAAUACAUACUAAUUUUAUUAUUUUUUAAAUAAGUAUUGAAUAUUAUUUUUAUAAUUUCAUUGUGUUUAAUAUUUCAUAUUUUUAUGCUGUAUUUUUUUAAACAUCUGCUGUUCCUGUCAACGUUGGAAUAUUUUAAUUUCUCAAUUCAAUAUUGGUGUUAUAUAGAAGGUUAGAGUGUGUGUGUAUAUGUUUUGCAACAGAGUAGUAGUGUAGUAUAUCAGUUUUUAGAUUAAUCAAUUUUUUAGAAAUUCAUUGCCAUGAUUUUUUUAUAAUUAAAAAUUUUAGUUGAUAAAAUAAAAAGUAAAUAACAAUAUCUGGCAUUUUUUGUUAUGCUUUAAAGUAAAUUUAGUUUUCGACUAUCGCCCAAUAUGUAGUUUAUCGCCAUUUUGUAAAGUACCCAACUUGAAAUAUGAGUAUAGUAUGCAAUCUACUAAUGUUUCAUUUUCAACUAUAUGGAUACGAUAACUUCAUCAUUGGUGUUUUAAUUUAAACCAAUUUAUAAAUUUUAUCUUUGUAUUUCCUAGUGAAUAAAAAAUAAAUAGAUAAAAUCAAGAUUUAUAAUUUAUAGGCAACUUUUUAUAAAUGCUUGUAAAAUAAUUUUUUUUAACUAAAGAAUCCACAAAUAAAUACUUGCAAGAUUUUAGCCUGUUAUCUUGUGCACAUAAUGAUACAAAAUAGAUGUAUUACGCUGUAUCCAACUAAAUGCUGUAAAGGGGCGAUGCGGUGAAUAAAAUUAUCAAACAUAAAAAUAGAUUAGAUUGUCUAUCAUAUGUGAUAAAUGCGAACAAAUUAAUUCGUUCACAUUUUGAAAAUCAAAUCAUUUUGUUUUUGGUCGCGCAUUUAAGUGAAAUGUAUAGGUAGUUAUUCUAGUAUAAGAUCUAAAUGAAGUUUCAUCUUUAGGCAACUGUGGGUAUAGAUGAUAGAAUUCACCAAAAACAAGUCUAUCCUUAUAAAUAAUUGAAUUUAAAAGUGAUCUUUUUUUUUUAAAAUAUUUUUUAUACAUUAAAUAUUUCACUUCAGAAUUUUCCAAUUUUAACAAUUGUUUUUGUAAACUAAAAGACAUUUUUAGUUGUUUUUGUUUUUAAAGAGUAGAACAUAAAUGUGUAAAAUACCUUUGCACAACUCACUUCAAAAUAUACUGCAUGUAAAAAAAAAUAAAAAAUAUCUGAAUAUGGUUUAGCAGCAAAUUCGCGUUUGCCGCAUUCACAUUGGACAUUCCGUUAAUGAAGUAAAAUUGUAUCAAAGAAAUGAAUGAGGAAAAGUACGAGGCCUUUUUUUUUUAUUAAUUAAAAUAAAAUAAAUUUUUUUACCGCAAAUUAAAUUAUUAUUAUUUUUUUUUUUUCAUAAAAUUUAGACUGCAAACUAUACUAUAAUUAUUACUAUGGUAGACAUGUUCAUUGGUAAACAGCAUUUAUUUUUGGCAGACUUCAUAUUGGGAGAUUGUUGUUUUCGAAUUAAACAAAUUUGUUUCUAUUACAAAUUGCAUCAAUUAAAGCUGUUAUUUUAAGAAUAUUUGCUUUUAUUAUAUUGCUAUUAUACACUAUAUAAAAUAAGAUUGAGUUACUUUAACAAAUAAAGACUGAGCUAAUCUGGAUCCUCUAGUCAGCACUAUGGUUGCUGUGAUUGGCCAUCAAUUCUUGUUCUUGUUGCCAACACCGUACUUAUAGGGAGUGAGUGCACUUUUAAAGGUGGGGGGGGGCGGUCAACCGAUGGGGAUGUGUGAACACCACUUAUUUUUAUUGUUUCCAGUUCAAUCUUAUUUUGAAUAGAGUGUACUAUAGCUGUAAUAAUGUUAUUGUUAUAUUGUUGUUUUUAAUUAUAUUUUAUGAAAUGUUAUUAUGUAACAAUUUUUCUUUGGGAUUAAAGAUAAAUAAAAUUAUUUUGAUCUAUUCCAAAUUAUUAGGUGUAAUAGCAACUAUGACAUUUCAGGAAUACUUGUAUUUUCGGUAUAAAUUUUUAUUUUUAAAAAUUCAAUACAUAAUAACAUACAUUUAAAAUAUCACUUUUUUAAAAGUAGUAUAAUAAUUAUUUAAACUUGUAAUUAAAUAUUUUUUUUAAAAAAUCAGCUCUCUAACUACUUUUAUUUAAUUAUUCACAGGAAGCAUCUAAUCCUCCAAAGGGAAGUAUGCAAUCCAGUGGUCAACAUUUACGAGAUAAUGGUCCUAAAAAACUUGGGCAAGGUGGUGGAAGUGGUGCUGCUUUGAAUUGGUUGUCUUCAAGAUGUACAAUACUUUGACCACAAUUAGUAUAUUAUUUUCUAAUUAAACAACAAUAUUGUACACCUUAAUUACUAUUUUCAACAUGACCGUAAAUUAAACAAAAUUAUUAUAUUGAUUUUCUUUCCUAAUGAUUGUUUUUAAUUAAAACUGAAUCUCCAAUAUUAUUUAUUACUUACUAUUUGGAAAUACAAACUUCUUUUUUUUUUAUACAUACAAUUUUUACAAAAUUAUAAAAAUAAUUGUUUAAAUCCUUUCUGAUUUUU